AUGCGUCACCGGAUCGCAGGGGAACAUCCGGAGGAAAAUCCUUCACAGGAACUGAAGGAGCACACGAUACUACCUCGGGAACCGCCACCACCGGACAAUGCACACUACCCACACCCGGGUCCUCUGUCUCGCAUACCGGCAGCCUCACUUCACAAGACUCAGCAUUGGCUACCACAACCUCUACAAGGUAACGUGGCAUCCAGGGGGGACGAUAACAACCUGACCACCUACUACCACUCACAGCCGGGACUGGUGUACCCUUGGUGGGUGCUGGACCUCGGCAACACCCAUAUCAUACACCACAUCAACAUCCUACCUAGACCUGGCUACUACUCCUUCAGGUUCCACAACAUUGAGGUCCGUGUGGGCAACAUCCGGGAGGAGUCUGGCAAAUUCUCCUCCUUCAGCUUGUUCUCGACCUACGUGGGGCCCUACAGCGACACUAUGGGCAACCUCUCCUGCUACAGGAGGGACGGUGUCACUGGCAGGUACAUCAGCGUCCAGCGAGUCACUCCUGAAGAUGACAUGCUGCAAAUCAGUGAUGUUAGAGUCUUCGUUUUAAUUCAGUAA